AUGUCGAAACCGGAAUCCCGUUCCCACCAGACCCUCGUUGCCUUGCUGGAGAGAGAUGGUGCGUGGGUCUCCACCCCCGACUACACCACUCCCUUCAAGGGCCUGGACGAUGCGCUCGACCGACUCCUACCCUACCAUAUGCUCGCCGGGGAGAACCCUGCUGAGGCCGAUGCAGAGGCCGCGGCCGGAGCAAGCGGGGGGGUCCUGGCCGCGCCCCGCAGCGAGGUCUGGCGCGCACAGCUGGCGGCGCGGGCGUUGGACCUGCAUGCCAUGCAGCACGCGCUGGACGGGCGCGUGACAGCUGCCGAGAAGGCGCUGCUGACCAAGUCAGAGCUGCCGGCCCUGAUGCUGCAGUCGUACGCCACCGCCGAGGCCCAGGCCCAGGUCCAGGCAGAGCUCAGGCUGAGGCAGGCCGCCGACGAGGCCGCGCGCGCCAUGGCGCGCGGGGAUGCGGCCCUGGCCCCUGUGCCGGCCCCCGGCCCCGCCGCCGGCCCGGCGCAGGCCCCGGCCGUGGCAGGGGCCCCGGGCGGCGCACAGGACGCCCAGCGCGCGGCGCCGCUGGGCGCCGCACCGGCAGCGCCGGUUCAGCCGCCGCACGUCCAGGCGCAGCAAGCAGGCUCGGCGCCGGGGUCACAGCCGGCGCAGGCACAGGCGACGGCGGCCCCGCCACAGAUGCCCGCUGCGUCUCGGGCCGGCCCGCCAGGGUCCACUGCGGGUGCGCCCGCCGCGCCGGGGCCCAGCGCGGGAACCCCAGCGGCGCAGCCGGCGGCAGGCCCGGCCUCCCAAGCUCCCUCCAACCCGGCGCUGGAAAAGCAGCGGGCGCUGGCGGCCUUGGCGGCGCGCAUCAAGCAGUCGGCAAGGCGGUGA